UCCACACAAGGGAGAUGGAAUUAUGGUGGUUUUUGUUUUUUCAGAAAUUCACUUUUCAUUUUUCAAUCCUUAAAAUAAAAUCAAUAAAAAGGGGAAAAAACAAAAAACAGAGCACACAGAAGAAAGGUUAAACACUUAAACUACACAGAGAAGAAGAGUAGAAGACCCUCUCAGUGCCGGCUCCAGCAUUUUGCGGCGGUUUUCUCUCCCUCCCUCCUCUCUCGACGCAGUCCACAGAAACUUUCUGUGUGUAUCUCAAGUAGUGCCCAUAUCACGUGGAAAGCAUGAAUUUUGCGGCAUCGUUGUGCAGAAGAUUGAAUAUCAAGGAACUCGUGACAAAUGUUCCUGUAUAUAGAAGCACUAGUGAUGUUUCUGGAGAAGGUUUGAGUCUUGUGUUCAGGCGUUGGGCUACUAAAAAGACAGCCGGUUCAACAAAGAAUGGACGAGAUUCAAAACCCAAGAACCUUGGAGUGAAAAAAUUUGGUGGGGAGAGGGUGAUUCCGGGGAAUAUCAUUGUUCGGCAACGCGGCACUCGCUUUCAUCCGGGGAACUAUGUCGGAAUUGGUAAAGAUCAUACUCUCUUUGCCAUGAAAGAGGGAUGUGUGAAGUUUGAAAGGAACAAACUGACCGGUCGCAAGUGGGUGCAUAUUGAGCCCAAGGAAGGUCAUGUCCUUCACCCUAUGUAUACAGAUGCUUCUGCCUCCGAACUAAAAGUUGCUGUCUAAGUUUUAAACUACUAACAUUCAUGGUAUGGAACUUUAUGCCUUUUUUUGUGGCAAAAAGCCAUUUUAGUUUAGUUCCUCAGCUUAUGCAACUUCCUAUAUUUUCUACCUAUAUCAUACACAAUCUUGAAAUGAUUGCUGGGUUGGUUUUUCAGUGCAUCUUCUAUGUGCUUGAAGUUUAAAUAAAACAUGGACAUUUGGGGAUUCAAUGUUGCUUGUUGGAUUUGUUUUUAUUUUUCACUUUUGUCAAUUAAGAUUUUAAGAAUCUAUCAGCCUAUAAAAAACACAAUAAAUAAGACUCAAUCAGCCUCUUGCAAGUUGCAAUCCGUGGAGCGCAAUAGACCCAAUGUAUUGCAACAAGAGACACAAAGUAAUCAUGGAUGAGAAACAAUCGUCACAACAAGGCGACGAGGGCCAGCAGUGCCGCAGAAGCAGGGCGGAGGGAGAGAAUUGGGCGGUGAUUUUUAGCAGAGCAGUCUGAGCUCCUGUGCAUUGGAGAGCAGCCCCACCUUCUUGAUGUUGUUGAGACCCUUCCUCUUUCUCAAUCCAUAUUUGAAAUCAAAUUUACUUUAUUCACAUUGAACCUUUUAGUUUACUUUGGUUUCGUUAUAAUUUUGGAAAUCAACCAGAUUGUAGGUCGAAGGAAUUAUAGGUGCUGAAAAUGUGUAGAUUUUGUAGGGAAAAAAAAGAAGAGGAAGAAGAUGUGCAAAAUUGUCUUUUUUUAUUUUAUUUUUUCUUCAGUGGGUACU